GACAAUGCAUGUGAGAAGACAUCGUACAUGUUUCUACGGAAAGAGCUUCCUGUGCGACUAGCUAACACCAUGAGAGAAGUCAAUUUGUUGCCAGAUAACUUGCUGAACAGGCCUUCGGUUGGGCUAGUGCAGAGUUGGUACAUGCAGAGUUUCCUUGAGCUUUUAGAAUAUGAAAAUAAAAGUCCUGAGGAUCCUCAUGUUCUGGAUGACUUUUUAGACGUUUUAAUUAAAGUCAGGAACAGACACAACGAUGUGGUUCCAACCAUGGCGCAGGGGGUGAUUGAAUACAAGGAAAAAUAUGGCUUUGAUCCAUUUGUUAGCAGUAACAUCCAGUAUUUUCUAGAUAGAUUCUACACCAACCGCAUCUCUUUCCGUAUGCUUAUUAACCAACACACACUUCUUUUUGGCGGAGAUAUUAAUCCUGCUCAUCCCAAGCAUAUUGGAAGUAUUGAUCCUAAUUGUAAUGUGGCAGAGGUGGUUAAAGAUGCUUAUGAAACAGCUAAGAUGUUGUGUGAACAGUACUAUAUGGUGGCACCUGACCUGGAAGUUGAAGAAUUCAAUGCUAAAGCUCCGAACAAGCCUAUUCAAGUAGUCUACGUACCUUCUCAUUUGUUUCAUAUGUUAUUUGAAUUAUUCAAGAAUUCAAUGAGAGCUACAGUGGAACUGCAUGAAGGUAAGAGAGAAGGCUAUCCGUCGAUCAAAACCUUAGUCACUUUGGGGAAAGAAGAUCUAUCUAUUAAGAUAAGUGAUCAAGGUGGAGGUGUACCUUUAAGAAAAAUAGACAGGUUGUUUAACUACAUGUACUCAACAGCACCCAGACCUAGCUUGGAGCCCUCAAGAGCUGUGCCUUUGGCUGGGUUUGGCUACGGCUUGCCAAUUUCCCGUCUGUACGCUAGGUACUUCCAAGGUGACCUUAAACUCUACUCAAUGGAAGGCGUUGGUUCAGAUGCUGUAAUUUAUUUGAAG